UAGAAUAUAGCGCCCAGUCAAUGGCAAAAAUUGGCAACCGAGCUCGCUGUCGGCAAUGAAUCAAGCCAACCAACAGCAACAUAUCCGUAUAUCGCUUCCACUUGAAGCUGAUACGAUACCCGACGCAGAAUAUGGUAGCGGAAUUUACCUACUGUUAUAUUGCCCUCCAAGCUCUAAGAGCCUACCGGGUCGACUUGAGGAAGCGGCCCGCAUGUGGCUCAUGGUGGCGUUACCUCCAGCUGUCUUGUGAGGCAGCCAAUCAGGAAGCGCAAUGUAAAUGCAAAACGGAAACCCCACGUCACUGGUAUGUGCUCCACUUUUCAGUCCUAUUUUGUACCCUUGUAUGUAGUGUAAACAAAUGGAGCCGUCUCCAUAUCGCGUCCUCGCUUGACCGACAGUUUGAGGAACCCGACUGGAAAGAGAGACCAGGGUGCUCACUUGCGAUUUCCCUCAUCGCGUCGGCUCGACUACGUGAAGCACGUCGCUCUGCAAACUUCCCAGCAGCUUUGGUCUGCGCAAGUCGCCAGAAUCCAAAAGGCGCUUUCCGACCAGAAUAGUUUUUUUUGUUUUAUCUUUUUAAAAUCCCUUCGCCUACUUGAUACUGGGCCACAAGUUCGAUUGUGUGGACACCUCGAUCUCGCC